GCUGAAAAAGGCCCCCUGCAACCUAGUGCCUAACCCUCCCUGGACUCAGGACCAGGAAGGAGUUGACACCCUGGAUGGUCAAGGGAGGCCCUCCCCAUCCAACCACCUGGCCUGGGCGUCCUCCCUCCCUGCCUCCUUUUUUCCUUUCACUGAAUUUGACUGGUAUUAGAAGUCACCCAAUGCGUACCAAGCAGGCCUUGUGGGGGAACACAGUGCACAGGUGUACCCAGCAGUCCAGAGGCCCCAGACCUGACUCCAGGAACCUGGCCUCCCUGGGGAAGCCACAGUGUCACUCACAGAAGGUUAGAUACAAGCAAGACUAUCUGAGGGAGGAAGGGGAAUGAGGGUUGAGAUGAGCUGGCAGAGCAGCUCCCCCUGCUGUGACAGUGGCAUCCUGACAGUGAGAUGUUCAGAUGAUGCUGCCCUCUGGUGGCCACUGGUGCCCUGCAACUCUUGAGGCCACGUGAUUUCUGGGAAAAAGCCGUUCCUGGAGGAGAAUUGAAACUUAGGGUGGGGACUGUAGAAAGGGGCGGAGAGAUCAGCCGCCUAGCCAGGAGUUAAGCUGAGGUUGUCUGAGUCCUGAGACAGCCUGGACAGCAACUCAGGUAAGGAUCAGGAUGGCAUCAGGCAGGGCACGCUGUACCCGAAAACUCCGGAACUGGGUGGUGGAGCAAGUGGAGAGCGGGCAGUUCCCCGGAGUGUGCUGGGAUGAUGCAGCUAAGACCAUGUUCCGGAUUCCCUGGAAGCAUGCAGGCAAGCAGGAUUUCCGGGAGGACCAGGAUGCUGCCUUCUUCAAGGCCUGGGCAAUAUUUAAGGGAAAGUAUAAGGAGGGGGACGCAGGAGGCCCCGCUGCCUGGAAGACUCGCCUACGCUGUGCACUCAACAAGAGUCCCGAAUUUGAGGAAGUUCCUGAGAGGGGCCGCAUGGAUGUUGCUGAGCCCUACAAGGUGUAUCGCCUGCUGCCACCAGGAACCCUCUCUGGAGGGACUCAGAAAUCACCAUCAAAACGACAGCACGGUUCUGUGUCUUCUGAGAGGAAGGAGGAAGAGGGUGCCAUGCAGAGCUGUACAUUCAGUCCCUCUGUGCUCCAGGACUCCCUCAAUAAUGAAGAGGAGGGAGCCAGUGGGGGAGCAGUCCAUUCAGACAUUGGGAGCAGCAGCAGCAGCAGCAGCCCUGAGCCACAGGAAGGUACAGACACAGCUGAGGCCCCCUUACAAGGGGAUCAGGUGUCCCUGGAGUUUCUGCUUCCUGCAGAGCCGGACUACUCACUGCUGCUCACCUUCAUCUACAACGGGCGCGUGGUGGGCGAGGCCCAGGUGCAGAGCCUGGACUGCCGCCUUGUGGCUGAGCCCUCAGGCUCUGAGAGCAGCAUGGAGCAGGUGCUAUUCCCCAAGCCUGGCCCACUGGAGCCCACGCAGCGCCUGCUGAGUCAGCUUGAGAGGGGCAUCCUAGUGGCCAGCAACCCCCGAGGCCUCUUCGUGCAGCGCCUUUGCCCCAUCCCCAUCUCCUGGAAUGCACCCCAGGCUCCACCUGGGCCAGGCCCGCAUCUGCUGCCCAGCAACGAGUGCGUGGAGCUCUUCAGAACUGCCUACUUCUGCAGAGACUUGGUCAGGUACUUCCAGGGCCUGGGCCCCCCACCCAAGUUCCAGGUAACACUGAAUUUCUGGGAGGAGAGCUGUGGCCCCAGCCAUACUCCACAGAAUCUUAUCACAGUGAAGAUGGAGCAGGCUUUUGCCCGACACUUACUGGAGGAGACUCCAGAGCAGCAGGCAGCCGUUCUGUCCCUGGUGUAGAGCCUGGGGGACCCAUCUUCCACCUCACUUCUUUGUUCUGCCUGUCUCCUUUGAAAUAGACUCAUUCUUCACAUGAUUGACCUGUCCUCCUCGUGAUAAUUCUCAGUGGUUGUCUGUGAUAGUUGUGUCCUUAAAAUCCUCGCACACACUGGCUGGUGGAGAACUCAAGGCUAAUAUUUUGUCCUUUCUUUUUAAAUUUUUUAUUUUUUGAAUUUUUGAGAUACACAACCUCUUUCAUCUGUAAGGGACUGGGAAAUCCAAAUGGUGUGAACCCAGGGGCUUUUCCCUCUUCCCCGACCUCCCAACUCUAAAGCCAAGCACUUUAUAUUUUCCUCUUAGUUAUUCACUAAGGAUUUAAAAUAAAAUUUUAUUGAAAGAGGAA